GAAGAAGAAGAAAAAGAAGAAGAGGAGAAGGAAGAAGAAGUAAAACGAAGAGAGAGAGAGAGGAGAAGGAGGGAAGAGGAGAAGGAGAGGAGAGAGAGGGGAGAGAGAGGAGGGAGGAGAGAUGAAGAGGAAGAUAAGAGAGAGAAGAGAGAGAAGAAGGAAAAGGGAGGUAGAAGGAGGAAGGAGGAAAGAGAGGAAGUA